AUGGGUGGCAAACAGAGCAAGAUUACCGAGCAGGACAAGGCGAUUCUGGAUAUGAAGAUCCAGCGCGACAGGCUACACCAGUAUCAGCGUCGCAUCACCGUCCUGACAAAUAAAGAGACUGAAAUCGCCAAGCAGCUGCUCGCAAAAGGCGAUAAAAAGCGCGCGCUGCUUGCGCUGCGGCGAAAGAAGUACCAAGAGUCGCUGUUAUCGAAGACGGAUGCGCAGCUGGAGCAGCUGGAGAAGCUGACGGCCAGCGUCGAGUUUGCGCAAAUCCAGAAAGACGUGAUAUUUGGCCUGCAGCAGGGAACCAAAGUGCUGUCGGAGAUUCACGCCGAGAUGGGAGGCAUUGAGCACGUGGAGAAGCUGAUGGAGGAGAAUGCGGAGGCGAUUGCAUACCAAAAUGAAAUUAGCGAGAUGCUCGGCACCCGUAUCACGGCACAAGACGAAGAAGAGGUAGAAGACGAGCUCGCCGCGCUAGAAGCGGAGAUGUCUGGCGUCAACCAGAAACUUCCCACAGUCCCGAACGCAAAGCUUCCAGUUUCGGAAAGGCCGGCAGAGCAAGAACAGGCGCAAGAGAGCAGACCAGAGAGACAGGCGAUGCUGGCCUCUUAA